UUAACGUUAUCGGCAAUGGAAAUUGGUUCGGACCAAUGGAACCUGCACGAAGAUUGUUUUCCAUAAAAUCUUUUAAUAGUUACUUUCCCUUUCAGGACUCGUGACACAGAAUACCUUUGACCCGCUGCAUCUUGAUGCAAUUCUAAUUAGAAAAAAAGAAAACUUUGAACUACUAACAAAGAUGGUAUACUGGUUUCAGUUUUUAGUGACAGCUGCUGUUCUACUCUCCUGCAGAUGCCAAAGAACUGCUACAGACUAUGACUGGGAUUAUUUUGUGUUUACACAGGAAUGGCCAACUGCGAUGUGUAUACUUGCAAGGGAACAGCAUAACACAUGUGUAGUACCUCCAUCUGUAACAACAUGGACAAUUCAUGGAUUGUGGCCUGACAAGAAGUACACAAAAGGACCUUUGUUCUGCAACGAAAGCUGGCCCUUUAGUCCUGAUGAGAUAGACAGUAUUGUGCCGCAAUUAAAAAUAUAUUGGCCAAAUUUAUUUCCUGAUACCUGUGAAGACUGUUUUUGGGAGCAUGAAUGGAAAAGACAUGGCACUUGCAGUACAAACCUGAAAGCAACUCAUAAUGAGCUCCUUUAUUUUAAAGCUGCUCUGAAACUGCAAAAGAAAUAUGACCUACGAAAACUUUUAAAAGAAAACGGAAUUGUACCAAGCGAAAGUGAAACAUACAGGGUCAGUUUUCAGUUUGAAAUAUUUUUAUAA